AUGGACGGUCAGACUCUGCGAAAGGCUGAGAGAAGCCGGUCCUGCUCUCGGGAGAACAAGGAGGGUUACACUAAGGACAUGGUGACAGACUUUGAUGAGAAACAUGAUGAGUAUUUAAUAUUGCUUCAGCAGAGGAACCGGAUAUUAAAGCAUUUGAAGGCCAAGGACCCCGUGCAGCUGAGACUGGAGCACUUGGAGCAGGGCUUCUCCGUCUACGUCAACGGGGCCAAUUCGGAGCUGAGGUCGUCGCCACGGAGAGCCGUCCACUCCCACAUCUCCAGAAGCGCCUCGCAGGCCGAGGGGGCACAGGAUUAUGGACGAAGAACCCUGUUUCGAGAAGCUGAAGAAGCUUUAAGACGCAAUUCACGGACAGCCCCCUGCAAAGCCCAGCGCCGCGGAUGGCACCAGAAAUCCGUGCAGAUCAGAACAGAAGCUGGUUCGCGGCUCCAUAUCGAACCUCCUCUGGACUAUUCUGAAGAUUUUGAGCCACCUGGGGACACGACUGUCACUGCAAAGGAUGCUUCCGGGGGUCUCCCACAGGAGCUAAGAAAAAGCCUAGAACUUAGUGUAAAUCUACAAAGGAAGCAAAAGGACUGUUCCAGUGACGAGUAUGACUCCAUUGAAGAGGAUGUGCUCUCUGAGCCCGAGCCUGAGGACCAGGCCCUGAUGGGCAGUCCCAGACCUGGCACCCCUCUUUCCAGGGGGGACUCCAUGAAGAAGGAUGUUCCUGAGGACCAGGAGACAGCAGGACCCCCUCCCCGGGGCCCAGACACCCUCGUGGUGCUGGAAUUUAACCCGGCUUCCAGAGGUAAUAAAAAGGAAAGGAUUUUGUCUGCUCAGCGAAAGGACAACGCUGAGGUCCUCGUUCCCAACAAACCAGAGCCAAGCCUGACUCCCCAGCCCCCCACUGUGUUCCCAGACCAGGAGAGGCCAUGUUCAAGACCUGGGAGCCGCCGGGAGAGACCGCUCUCAGCAGCCCGGAAACCUGUGCUCCAGGCCGAGGACCCCCAGGAGGAUGCAUCAGCUGUGCUCCGCGCCAUCCAGGUGGAGAACGAAGCCCUGCAGAGGGCGAUCCUGAGCAGGAGGGCCGAGCCCCCCGGCAGCCAGCUGCAGGGCAUGGAGGAACCUCCAGCAAAACCGUGGACUGGUCUGCUGAAGGCACAGGAGGAGAGCCCAGAGCCGCUUCCCAUCACCAUGGAGACCAGCACGGAAGAGCCAUCCCAGGCGGCAGGGGGAGCCAGAGCAGUCAGCGCAGCCAUUGACAGAAUCGGCCUCUUGGGGAACAGGCAGCAGCAGAAGCUUCUGGAAGUCCUCCGGGCCAUCGAAAGCGACUCUGCCCAUGUCAGCCGGGUGGCUUCCCCGGCCGAGGAGCAGGUGCCGGCCCCAGAGGACAAGUUGGCAGCGAAAGCAGAAGAGAUGAAAGAUGCCAUCUACGUGACGAUGGAAAUCCUGUCCAACUGGGGCAGCCCGUCGUGGGUGGGCCUCACUGAAGUCGAGUUCUUUGACCUGGACAACACAAAGCUGUACGUGUCCCCUCACGACGUGGAUAUCCGUAACGCGGACACGCCGGGGGACCUGGGCCAGCUGGUCAACAGGAACUUGGCUAGCAAGAAAGACUCCUCCUUGUGGACCUGCCCCUUCCACCCGCCACUGCAGCUCUUCUUCGUUAUCCGCAGCACCGGAAGGCUGCCUGCCUUUGGUCUGGCCAGGAUCAAGGUUUGGAACUACUGGACGGCUGAUGGCGAUCUUGACGUUGGUGCGAAGAAUGUGAAGCUUUAUGUCAACAAAAGCCUCAUCUUUGAUGGCCAGUUAGACAAAGGCGACGGGGAGGCCCCAGCCGACCAGAGCAUCCCAGUCAGCCUGAAAAAUGAGCAGAUUGAGGGGGUGGAGAACAGCAUUAAUGCCCCCUCGGAAGAAGGCAGAGGUGCCCAGGGGAUGGCGGGCACCACUCAGGACAAGGAGCUCAGCGCCACUCGCUCGCAGCCAGACGGAGAGGCAGGGGAUGUGGCGGUUUCUUCACCAGGACCUUUAUUUGGUGAAAGGAUGAAUUCUCCUGGUUGCAUAAAAGACAAUUUGUCCAAGUUAGAGGACCAUUUCAGCUCGUCAGCAGCCCCAGUCUCUGUGGGGGGCGAGCAUGCCCCUGCCCCCGGGCCCCCAGGGGAGUGCCCUCCGCUGGACCAGGAGCUCUCACUGACUCUGCAGCUGGAAAACCUGGGCAGAAAGGUCUCUGAGCCGCCAGGGAAAACCCCCGCCUGGCUGCAGCCCUCACCCGCAGGGAAAGGCAGGGGGCAGGGAGGCAGGAAGCCCAAACCCCUCUGGCUGCGUCCUGAGAAGCCCCCCGAAGGGACGGGCGGGCUGGUGCCAGAGGGUGAGGACAUCUUCAGGGAGGGCCCUGCGGAGGCCAGGGAUGACGGCCCCCGGCGUGAGCCAGGACGGGCCAGCAGCCGGAAUGCCGCCUUGGAGGACGGAGCCCCGAGGGUGACCCCCAGCGUCUGCAGGGAUGACUUGGACAUCUUUGAGCAGCCCUCCAACAGGGAGCGCCCCGCUAGUGGGAGGAGGGGCCGGAAGGACGCCCUCGGCAGCAGUCACGGUGAUGGGCGGCCAGCCCCAGCCGGCAGAGGAGAUGCCUGGAGCACCAGGCCGCCGCCGCGGCCCCAGUGGCGCAGCGAGCAGGAGCACACGCUGCACGAGUCCUGGAGCUCCCUCAGCGCCUUUGACCGCUCCCACCGAGGGCGCAUCUCCAACAUGGAGGUGCAGGGGGACAUCCUGGACGAGUUCCUGCAGCAGCAGAGGAGCGGCCGGCAGGGCGCCCAGCCAGCCCCCUGCAGGGAGCGGCCGGAGGCCUGGGCGGGGCCGGACGACUGCAGAGACGCAGGCGACCCCAGCGACUUCAGAAUCCCCGUCUUGCCUUACGGGCGGCACUUGGUCAUUGACAUCAAGUCCACGUGGGGGGACCGGCACUACGUGGGCCUGAACGGAAUAGAAAUAUUCAGCUCCAAGGGGGAGCCCGUGCAAAUCGCGAGCAUCCAGGCGGACCCCCCUGACAUCAACAUUUUACCCGCCUACGGGAAGGACCCCCGGGUGGUCGGCAACCUCGUCGACGGGGUGAACAGGACGCAGGACGACAUGCACGUCUGGCUGGCCCCCUUCACGCCGGGCAAGUCCCACUCCGUCUCCAUCGACUUCUCGCACCCUUGCCACGUCGCCCUGAUCAGGAUUUGGAAUUACAACAAAUCGCGGAUACACUCCUUCCGUGGCGUGAGGGACGUCGAGAUCCUGUUAGACGCACAGUGCAUCUUUAACGGAGAAAUCGCCAAGGCCUCCGGGACCCUGACGGGAGCCCCAGAGCACUUUGGAGACACAAUCUUAUUCACAACCGACGACGACAUCCUCGAGGCCAUAUUCCGCUCGGAUGAGACGUUCGACGUGGACACGGGGCCCCCGUGCAGCCUGCCGUGCGAGGAGCCCCUGAGGAGGCCCAGCACCGCGGACGGCAACUCGGAGGAGCGGCCCUACACCCAGGCCGGCCUGUGGGCCCAGGUCCCGGAAGUGGAGCUGCCACCCAGUGCCCCUAUGUCCGAAGUCACCACCCCGGACCCGGGCGUCUACCACGGGAUCUGCCUCCAGCUGAAUUUCACUGCCUCCUGGGGGGACCUGCACUACCUGGGCCUCACGGGCUUAGAAGUGGUGGGCAAGGAUGGCCAGGCCUUGCCCAUCAGCCUGCACCAGAUCUCCGCCUGCCCCAGGGACCUCAAUGACCUCCCGGAGUACACAGAUGACUCCCGAACCCUGGACAAGUUAAUUGACGGAGCCAACAUCACGAUGGAGGAUGAGCACAUGUGGCUGAUCCCCUUCUCGCCGGGGCUGGACCACGUGGUCACGAUCCGCUUCGACAGAGCGGAGAGCAUCGCGGGCCUGCGCUUCUGGAACUACAAUAAAUCUCCCGAGGACACCUACCGCGGGGCCAAGAUCGCCCACGUCUCCCUGGACGGCCUGAGCGUCUCCCCGCCCGAGGGCUUUCUCAUCCGGAAGGGGCCCGGCAACUGCCACUUUGAUUUUGCUCAAGAAAUCCUCUUUGUGGACUACCUGCAGGCUCGGCUGCUGCCGCAGCCGGCCCGGAGGCUCGACACAAAAAGCCUGGAGCGGGCGAGCAUGGACUAUGAGGCCCCGCUGAUGCCCUGUGGCUUCAUUUUCCAGUUUCAGCUCCUGACCAGCUGGGGCGACCCCUACUACAUCGGCCUCACCGGCCUCGAGCUGUACGACGAGCGGGGAGAGAAGAUCCCGCUGUCGGAAAACAACAUCGCCGCCUUCCCCGACAGCGUGAACUCCCUGGAGGGCGUGUGUGGGGACGUGCGGACCCCGGACAAGCUCAUCGACCAAGUGAACGACACCAGUGAUGGCCGGCACAUGUGGCUGGCCCCCAUCCUGCCCGGCCUGGUGAACCGGGUGUAUGUGAUUUUCGACCUGCCUACCACCGUGUCGAUGAUCAAACUGUGGAACUACGCGAAAACCCCCCACCGAGGGGUGAAGGAGUUCGGCCUCCUGGUGGACGACCUGCUCGUGUACAACGGGAUCCUGGCCAUGGUGGGCCACCUGGUACGGGGCAUCCUGCCCACGUGCGAGCCCACGGUGCCCCACCACACCAUCCUCUUCACCCAGGACGUGGACCUCUGCCACCAGGAGAAGCACGCCGCCAUCAGCGGCCACGCCGAGGACCAGGACGUCCAGAUGCUGAACGAGAACCAGAUCGUCACCGACGCCAAGAGGAAGCAGAGCAUCGUCGACCCAGCCUUACGCCCCAAGACCUGCCUGAGCGAGGAGACAACGAGACGACGGCGGUGCUGA